AUGGACUAUGAAAGUAGAAACUUUCGAAAGAGCCUCUGGCAGUAUGAAUCCCCCUUGACUCCCAUCUAUCAGAACAGCUUACCAAUUCUUGUCUACAGAGCCAGACAGAACCAUGAGUUCACGGACUUUGCCUUCAUCUGCGGAGCCGCUCGAUUCCCAGUCCACAAGGUCGUCGUCUGCAGUCAAUCAAAGGUCUUUCAUAUAGCAUGCACUGGGCUGUUCAAGGAAUCUUCCACAAACGAGUACGAUCUGUCAGAAUCUUCUGUGGACCAUGUAAAAUGGCUGAUUGAUUUCCUUUACAUGGGAACAUACCAUAUGAAAUUCUCCAAGGAUUCAACUCUCGCCGACCACAUUUACAUGUUCGCGCUUGGUGAUAUGUACAGCAUUGAACCACUUGCUCAAUAUGCAGCGGAGCAGUUUCGUAUCGGCAUUUCCCACGCUCAGAAGUUGGAAGACGUUCUCCCUUUGAUCCCCCAGGUCUAUAACUCAACCCCAGAGCAUCGCCAGGAACUGCGGGAACAGGUCGUAAAGUUCAUGAGGUGCCCGGUUCGUGGAAAAAAGGAGGCAAUAGAGUCAAGAGAAUGGUAUGACGACAUGGCUGAACAGUGCCCCGACUUCAUCAAGGACCUGCUUUUUAGUUACUUGGAAUGGCCUGAUCCUCCACAGAUACCACUCAAGGACACAGACUCACCGCAAGCCUCCACGUUCCAAGUUCACCAAAGCUCGCUAUUUCCAGAGCAUACGAUCCGCAUCAGAGAGCAGGUUGACGACUCCAUAUGCGACGCCCGCGUGAAGCAGUACACCGGCUGGCUCGAUGUCGGCAAUCAGCAUCUUUUCUUUUGGUACUUUGAGAGCAAGAACGCACCGAAAACAGACCCUCUUGUGCUUUGGUUGACUGGAGGCCCUGGCGGUUCAUCAAUGCUGGGAUUGCUCCAAGAGCUUGGACCGUGUCUGAUCAACGAACAUGGUAAUGGAACGAUUCAUAACCCUUAUGGGUGGAAUGAGAAUGCCAACUAUAUCUUUGUCGACCAGCCUGCUGGUGUUGGUUUCUCUUACUUGGAUGAAGGGGAGCCAAUUCCAACAAACUCGUUCCUCGCAGCUGAGAGCAUGCAUAAGUUCUUGCAGCUGUUUGUGAGCCAAGUCUUUCCAGAUCUCGCUCAUAGGCCCUUCCAUAUCUCCGGGGAGAGUUACGGGGGCCACUACAUCCCCGUCCUGGGAGCGACUAUUGUUGCACAGAACAACCUCUACCCCAAGCGUCCCCAAGUCAAUCUUGAGUCAGUCCUCAUCGGCAACGGUUAUGUCUCACCUUUGGACACCCAUUUCGGAUACUGGGAAACGCUCUGCACCACAAAUCCCGGUGUUGACAAGCCUGUCUUCAACAGUACACGCUGUGAUAUUAUGGCUGCGAACCUUCCACGGUGCCUCGACCUCGCUCGCGUAUGCUAUGAGCAUCCCGACCAUGCUAUCUGCAGUGCCGCAUGGAAGGUCUGUUGGGAUGGAGUCAUUAGUUGGUACGAUGACGAAUCUGGGGCUGGCGGCAAUAGGAACAGAUUCGACAUCACCGCGCCCUGUGAAUCUCACGAUGACAUGUGCUAUAAGGAAGCAGCACUGAUUGAGAAGUAUCUCAACUCCCCUAAGGUCUUUGAUGCCUUGGGUGUACCCAGUGCAGUGACGAACUACUCCAUUGCCUCAGAAGACGUUGCGAUCGCAUUCACUUUGGGUUAUGACCAAGAAAUUAGCACUCAGUCCCAGAUUCUGUACCUGCUCAACCACGACAUUGACGUGUUGAUGUAUCAAGGAAACCUGGACCUUGCCUGCAACACUGCCGGUAACUUGAGAUGGAGUAACAGUAUGCCCUGGAAGGGACAGCCGGAGUAUGUUGCGCAAAGACCGAAGUCCUGGGGAGUUGGAGGCGAUGAGUUUGGAUGGUAUAAAGAGGUCAAGAUCAAGAUGGGUGAUGACGACAAGAAGACAACGUUCUCUUUCGCUACUGUCGAUGGAGCUGGUCAUAUGGUUCCACAGGGCAAGCCGAAGGAGGCUCUGGAGUUGGUGAACAGGUGGUUGAAAAAGCGAACAUUCAGAAACUGAGCAAAAUUGGCUCAGGUGGUGAACAACCCAGCAAAGGGAAUCUGAUACCGAGUAAAGAGCCUAGUCCGGUACUCGAGCUAGCAAAGUCGUUGUGUGGUGCAGGGUGAGGCGACUUGGGUUGAAGGAGCUCUGGGCGGGCGCUUUUGUGUAGUUCAAGCCAUGCCUGUGAGGAAAUAUAGCUCUUGUACAACUAGCGCUUGCAAGAUAAGGGUAUGGAGGUGUUCAUGCUGUACCUGUACUUUGUUCGUUAAGGAUUGAGUGACAAAUGACAGAGGUAGUUUACUUGAACCUGCAGGGCUUUUGAUGACGGUUCGAAUAGAUGUUCAGUAUUGAGGCGCGUUUUGUUAA